GUUUACAACUGCUCUAUGACAGAUAAACAAGUUAAUUUUAGUGUAUAUAUGUUAACAUCUACCGACCUUUUCUUAAAGAUUUGCGAACGAGUAGCUAGUGCUAACAAUUUCCACAAGACGAAUGACACAUGCUUUAGUUGUUGUACUGCUGACGUGUGUAACACCGGAUGUAACAACGUUGUCCACGAAGUAACGGCUAAUACAACCCCAUCAGGACAACUUUUAACAAAACUUUCAACACGUGCUGCAUGUAAGGACACUACACCUGAGGCAACCUGUAAGCUUGCGGCUAGUAUAGUUUGUCAAGAUCUUGCUCAUGCGAGAAAUGCUAAUUGUGAACAUUACUGUGGCUUUUGUUGAGAGUAUGAAUACAUUUUGAAAACUG